AUGAUUGAAACUGAUGAAACUGCUUUGAUGUGUAGGACUGCCACAUGCCGAAGCGAAGAGAGUUAUCUAAAAAGUGAGUUAGAAGUGGCCAAUUCUAAAAUAAUAGAUCUCCAAGCGAAAAUCAAACAUCUCGAAAAUGAAAAAUCUAGCUUGACAACGGCAAUAAGAAUAAUACAGGAAGACAACUCUCUGCGGCCAAACGUAAACAAUACUGACGAUGAUCAAGGGGGAAACCAGUGGGUCGAAUUAAAUAAAAAGAAAAAGAAACGUAAACGCGAUCAGACUCAGAAACUACAAGAAAUACCAACAAUUGCUACGCAUGAAAAUUGUCCUCUCGAGACAACCUGUGCUGACGAGUCAAAUGCUACUGUUAAAAAAAAUGUAAUCAUCUCGAGCAGACAAGGGAGAAAAGAUGGAUAUCCGAACACUCGAGGAAAUCAUCAAAAUCCUGUUAAAGUAAUAAUAGCAGGCGAUUCCAUGAUAAAGCACAUCAAUAGAUACAAGAUGUCGAAGUCUAACACAAGAGUUCAAGUCUCGACCUUCCCUGGAUGUACCACACUAGACAUGGAUGACUAUGUUAAGCCAGUAUUAAGAAAAAACCCUGACAAAUUGAUUCUACACGUCGGCACAAAUAGCCUAAAGGGUCGUGAGAAUUCCACUCGUUGCGCAGAAGAAAUUAUAUCAUUGGGAGAAAAAAUAAAGAGAUCAAUCCCAGAGACGGAUCUAGUUGUGUCUGGCCUUGUCACGCGUUCAGUGACGAAAUGCUAACACGUAAAGUCAAUGAAGUCAACGCAGCGCUGAAGGAAUCUUGUAUUCAGAAACAUUGGAAAUUCAUCGACCACACUAACAUUACAAUUAACCAAUUAAACCAGAGUAGAAUCCACCUCAACAAAAUGGGAUCAAGUAUGAUGGCACGAAAUUUUACAAACUAUAUUUACGACAGGAAUUGUUAGAAUACAGCCAUGUGGGAGUCCGUAAGUAAUAAUGCUGACGAACAAUCUAGAUUAGAUGAAGAAAUGCCAACAAAAGUGGGUGAGUUGAACGAACCAAGUUAUUCUAAUAGAAAUAGCCUACCAUAUAUAAACGUAGACAAAAUACCAUCUCAUCGUGGUAUGGUUAUGGCUUGUUUGAAUAUUAAUAGUCUCUUAUCCCAUAUUGAUGAAUUACGAAUAUUUACAAGUAGCACUAAAAUAGACAUAUUAUGUAUAAACGAAACCAAGCUUGAUUCCACAAUUGCCGAUCAGGAGGUCUGUCUACCAGGUUUUGAAAUUGUUCGAAGAGACCGAAGUGUAAAUGGCCGUUAUGGCGGUGGCGUUUGCAUUUAUAUUCGGUCUAAUGCAGGUAUCAGCGGCUUUCCCGGGGGGUCGACCCCCGGGCCACCCCGGAGAUUUGUCAAAACAGCCUUGACAAAAGGACACUAAUGCCCGUAGGUUGGGGCAAAAUUUUGUCACAAAUACCCCUACCUGCGGGGCGAAAUUUGGAAAACAAUAAUUUCAAAUAUAACAAAUGGUUAUUUACAAAGAAAUUUGUAGUAAGUUAACAUACUUAUCAACAUAAUUUUGGGCAUCUCGUUCAAUAAACAAUGAAGCGUAGGCCGUAAAGAAGAUAUUUUUUAACUAAAAAUUCAUACACAAUUUUAUAUCGGGACAUUUGUUAUUAAUACGUUUGCUAUUUUAACCUAUUUAAUAAAUCAGUAUCCGAUACAAAACGUUUAAAGGGAAAUGGCAACAUAUUUUUUUUCUUCACUAAAUAAAAUAAUAGAUAUUAAAUAAAGAAUAAAAAGUUUAAUAACAACUCAACUGUAUAUUACGCUCUUGUUAUCCCGCAUUUAAAAACAUUAAUUUUUGAGCAUUCGGCAGCCAUCUUUAAUAAAAUUUCAAAUCAUUAAAAGAAAACACGCAUGACGUCACAACAGAGCAACAAUUUCAAGAUGGCGACUGUUUGUACAGAAAGCGAGGAAGAUGUAUUCGACGAUUUUGUACAGAACGAGCCUGUUAUUGAGCCAUAUAUGUUGGAACCUAAUAAAGGUGACGAGGGAGAUAGCAGCGGAGAUUCUAGUGAAAAUACUUAUAGUGAAGAGGAUGAGUAUAAUGAUGAAUUUGAAAGAGCCUUACAACACUUUCCUGGUGUAAAUGCGGAAAAUGCUCACUCAUGGAAAAAACAAUUGAGUCUUUUUGUUGCUAUGAGAA